AUGUGCACAGACAAUGACACACCAACAAGCAGUACCCCCGAGUCUGUGGUCAGUUCCAGUCACUCGCCGUCCACUCCCAGUCAAUCCCGAGUCCUUCAGGCCCAGCACAGCCGGACCCCAAGCACUGCCAGUGGUACCAGCGCAGUCACCACCUCCCCCGUCAUGCCAGGGGCAGAGUUUGAUGGCUUUGUGGUGGCAAUGCAUCGGAAAAUGAUACGAAUGGAUAUGUACUUCCUAGCCUGGCAGAAGAGUCGGCCAUGUCUCUUUGGCUUGCCCCUCAUCCUGCCCUGUGUGCCCUCGACCACCAGGGAUGACCUGUACAAGGUGGUCUGGACCCAGAUUUCUCGACUGGUCAGCCCCACCAAACCAACUGACCACAACACCGGUCAUAACAAGAAUCAUGCGGAGGAUUGCGACAGCCCUCGUCAGAAGUACCCGUUUACACUGAAGGCAGUGCUGAAGGACGGCUUGACUUGUGCCUGGUGCCCGUGGUAUAGAUUCUGCAGAGGAUGCGACAUACCAUGCGACAGUGAAACUCUGAGAUCUGGCUUAGCCUACAUUGCUAUUGAAUGGGACCCUACGGCGCUUCAUCUGAGGUAUCAAAACUCACAAGAAAGGUUUGUAACCGAGCAUGCGAGCUGUGAAAACAGCAGACGGCUACAGACAGAGCCGAUCAAUCUUGACGACUGUUUACGAGCGUUCACCAAGGAGGAGGAGCUAGGAGAAGAUGAAUUGUACUACUGCUCAAAAUGCAAGCAGCACCGGCUAGCAGCCAAGAAACUAGACAUCUGGAGGCUUCCGCCCAUACUGAUCGUACACUUGAAGAGAUUCCAGUUUGUGAAUGGCAGGUGGGUGAAGUCGCAAAAGAUUGUGAAAUUUCCGAAAAGGAGCUUCAAUGUUAGUAACUUUGUGGUCCCAAGAGAGGACAGCGAACCCAAGAUAAUUGAUGUGACGAACGAUGUAUCCGCAGGGACAGAAGGCAAUCCCAAAGAUUCCAAUGUACUAGGUCCCCAAGCAGGCAUCAGCAUCAAUGCUAUCGAGAUGAGUAGCGAGGGGCAUACGCACCGGCAGACGGACAGUGGGAGGGGGAGCAGCGUUGUCGUCAACGGCGAUACGGACCUUUCAGAUACGGAAGACCGCGCCCAGUCGGAGGAUGGAGGCAUGUCAUCAUGUGAGAGACGGGAGAGACCGGCUGCACUUCGUCUUGAUACACCGGGCAGCGCUUUGCCUCUGGUUAAUGGUGACUGCUCGUCAGAUGUAAAUGGACAUGUGAAGGGUGAGGAGGCGGAGGAGGGGGAGGAGGGUGGGGUCAAGGACAAGGACAGUGGGUAUGGAACCCUUGAGAGUGGACAGGGGGAUGGGUCACACACCCAAUCAGGGUCAAACUCACCGAGCAAACCUAAGUUAAAGAAGCAGGCUUCGUUGUUGACUCCGCCCGUUGAUGCCACAGAAUCUCAUCCGCUACUUCAUCCACAAACUAAACCCGAGGAGGAAGAGGACGACAGUCAGAUGUACGACCUCUAUGGAGUCGUGAGUCAUACUGGUAUUCUUGGAGGAGGUCAUUAUGUUUCUUACUCUGUGAAUCCAAACAAGAAGUGGUAUUGCUACAAUGAUAGCAGUGUCAAGGAAGUAAAGGAAGAGAUUGAUAUGGACAACGCCUACAUGCUCUUCUACGAAUGCAGGUCCAUGUCUUACGUACAGUACAUACCCGACACGUCGGGCAAGCACCCGGAUAUGACGCCCAUCGAGGACGAAAUCGAGGCAGACUAUCGCAAGUUCUGCGUCAUCCAAUGACUAGUGGGGCGAGGCAAGCUGGGGGGAGUGUUGGGCACGGGACUAUUCUGGCUCUGGACAGCUGCCCGCGAAGGUAUGAGGGCAGUGGGUACCAUCAAGAAAAACUAGAUUUUCUCCUUUGGGGUAAUCAUCAACAUAGGUCAAGUCCACCCCAGAACAACAGGGAAUAGGUGUAAUAGCUCAAUCAAUAGAGCAGUAGCCUUGGAGUGUGGUGACCUUGGUUCGAUUCCCACUUGGUGCGGUAGGCAUUAAUUCACACCAGAUCCCUUGGAAAGGACCUAAAUCCAUUAGUCCUGUGGUUGUUUGCUCACAUGUACUCAUGCUUUCAUAGCAAUCAGGUUAAACAAGAUUUCCACCAGCAAUAAAUAUGGUAUGAAUUAGAUUAGAAAAAUCAAGCGAUCAUGGUUUUGAAAUUUUCAAUAAAAUGUAUGGCGUUUCAUAUUUUCGCUUCGUUUCAUGAAAUACUUAUAUUCACAACACAGCCUGUUUGCAUUUUUGAAUUUCAUGAUAUGAAGUAUUCAUUAUUUAUAGAUUUCAUGAAAACGCUUAGUGAAUCACAUUAACAUACAACGAAGAUCAUUUGAAAUGUGGACUCAAAGCAUGUUUGGAGGUAAAAUUUAAAUAUUUGAGAUUUCAUAUUAAAAAUACAAAUAAUUAGUGAGUGUGACAUCACACCUGUCAUUUGCAUACCCUCUUUUACUUUUCUGCAUAAACUGGUUAAUUAAAGCAAAACUUUUCGUAAGUGGUAACUUUGCUACUUUUUAUCUAAAUUGAUGACAAUUUCAGUGCUUUGUUGGAUAUUUUUUUCAAUUUAAGCUUAUCACCUUUAUAUUGGGGUAGGCUUGGCCUUUAAAGUGUAAUUUUCUCAUAAGAUUUUAUGAAAAAACAAUUCAAACUUCCAUGUAUGCCUGAAUUUUUUUUUAUAGAUAUUCGAAAGCUGCUGCAUGUAGGUUAGACAGAUGGAAAAUUGGGAGAGGAAUUGUGGACUUGAUAAUUGCAAUAUGAUAACACUUUUCUUUGAGAAAAUAAAAAUGCGUCCGAAAGUGUAGAAUCUUUUUGAAUCUAUAUAUGCAAGAAAUUUCAUUCAAUAUUAGGUGAUGACUGCAAAUUUGCACAGUGAUACAGUGAACUUUUGUUGGGAUCUCGUAGUGAACUUGAAGAAAAGAUAUGGGAAUGAUUGGAGAAAAAUGGAAAUAGAUAUAUCAAAACCACAGGAAUAAUUGUAAAAUACUCUUAUGAUCCCAGAACCUUGUAUCGCGGCAUAGCCUUGUAGUUCCAGGUCUGAUGAAAAAUGAGUCCUACGCCCCACCCAUCCAGUUUGCCUCGCAGUAAAUGCCCCUCUGACAAUCCUAUAGGUCAAAGGUCACCAAACAGGUGGCUUCGGGGAAGAAAACAUGUCUUCCCGAUGUCGAGCAAAGAAAACAAUACUGUACUUAAGCUUAAAAUAAAA